CAAGACCCGCAGUGGAGAACAUCUUAAUAAUAAAAAAAAUCACAAAAAGCAAAAAACAUGGUUGUUAAACUAUACACUUACGAUAUGAGCCCGCCGGUCCGCGCGUGCAUGAUGGCUUGUGAUAUCUUCAACGUACCAUUUGAGAAGAUUCCUGUCGACCUUCAAGCCGGCGAACAUCUUACUCCAGAAUUUUUAAAGAAAAAUCCCAUUCACCAAGUUCCUGUUAUGGAGGAUGGAGAUUUAAUAUUACAUGACAGCCACGCAAUACUGCCCUACCUAGCUGAUACCUGCGGGAAGGACGACUCUUGGUAUCCAAAAAACAUUAAAAAGCGUGCGCUUGUUAAUCAAAAACUUAUCUUCGACGCAGUUAUUAUUUGUCCUAGAGCACGAAGAAUUACAGGACAAGUAGUGAUGACAGGAAAGAAGACUAUAGAAAAAGAAUUAUUGGAUGAUGCUUUAGAAGGGUACAGUUUUCUUGAAGCAUUUUUGUCCCGUUCAAAAUACAUCGCAGCAGACCAUGUCACCAUCGCUGAUAUAGCAAUUUUAUCUGUUAUGACAUCUCUCUCACAGAUUUUACCAGUUGAUGUCCAGAAAUACCCAAAAACAACUGUUUGGUUAGAACAUUUGAAAGAGAUGCCAUAUUGUAAGAAAUAUAACGAAGAAGGAGCAAACGCGCUGGCUGCACUUGUUAAGAGCAGAGUUGCUUGA